CGUACUUGCAAUUGGUCGCAACAGUCUCUCGAAACUGUAGGUUGUUGACAACGUACAUAUUUCUUAUUGUAAUUUAUCAGCAUUUUUCAUAAAUGACGACCAUUGAAAAACGUGUACUUAUCGCGAACUACUCAGGAUUCGUUUUCUGAUCAUGGAAAGCUAGUUGUAGCUUUUAUUAAAUCUAAGAUAUAACGAGUUUUACUUUCGUCUGAUCAAUUGCCACGUAUGCAGAAGUGGAUAGAUAAUAUACAAAGCAAAAUAUAGUACAGUUAUGUCAAACGAAACUAUCGAAAUUCCAAACAAACGAAUAAUGACGACUUGUACCAAUAUAUCGGAGCAAGCCCACCAUGUGUCAAGAGCAAAACGUGGACAGGCAGUGGGAAGCGUAAGAGGUUUUCGUGGAUGUACCGUUUGGUUAACAGGCCUUUCCGGCGCAGGGAAAACUUCUAUAGCUUUUCAAGUUGAAGCUAUUUUAGUAAAUCAUGGGAUUGCUGCUUACGGUCUUGACGGAGAUAAUGUAAGAAGUGGUUUAAAUUGUAACCUUGGUUUCAGCAAAGAAGAUAGAAAAGAAAAUAUAAGAAGAGUCGCAGAAGUAGCUAAAUUAUUCGCAGAUAGCGGUCAAAUUUGUUUAUGUAGUUUUGUCUCGCCGUUCGAGGAAGACAGACAACUGGCGAAACAAAUUCAUAAAAUGUCGGAUCUUCCAUUUUUCGAGGUCUUUGUCGAUACGCCUCUCAACGUAUGCGAAGCUAGGGACACAAAAGGAUUGUAUAAAAAGGCACGUCAAGGAACAAUUAAAGGUUUUACUGGAAUAGAUCAGAUGUACGAAAGACCGAUAAACCCUGAUUUAGUGGUGACCACGGAAAAUUGUACCCCAGAAGAAUCGGCCGCUACGGUCAUUGAUCUUCUAGAGAAAGAAUGCAUUAUACCGGGGCUGCAAAAAUCCAUAGUACCGAUACGGGAGUUAUUCGUUCCAGAAUCGCGAAUAUCUUCUGCCAAAUUAGAAGCUAGUACUCUGCAAAGUUUAGAAAUUAGUGAUAUAGAUGUACAAUGGGUCCAGGUUUUAGCGGAAGGUUGGGCUGCACCUCUCACAGGUUUUAUGAGAGAAGAUCAGUAUCUCCAGACUCAGCAUUUAAAAUGUCUCCUUCAAGGCGACAAGGAAAUCAAUCAGUCUGUUCCAAUAGUUCUUGCAAUAUGCACAGAAGAUAAGGAACGUUUGGAUGGACUUUCAGCAUUCACAUUGAAAUACAAAAACAAGGCUGUUGCGAUAUUACGUAGGCCAGGAUUUUACUUUCACAGGAAAGAAGAAAGAUGCGGAUGGCAAUUUGGUACCAACAACUUAGGUCACCCAUACGUAAAAAUGAUUCACGAAUCUGGAGAUUGGUUGGUAGGUGGUGAUAUAGAAGUUCUUAAAAGAAUCAGAUGGCACGAUGGUCUCGAUAAAUAUAGACUUACACCGAAUGAAAUUAGAACGAGAUGUAAAAAAAUGAAAGCUGACGUUGUGUUUGCGUUUCAACUUAGAAAUCCUAUACAUAAUGGUCAUGCAUUGUUAAUGCAAGACACGAAAAAGUUUUUGUUGGAAGAAAGGGGAUUUAAAAAUCCUGUAUUACUUUUACAUCCCCUGGGUGGUUGGACAAAAGAUGAUGAUGUACCGUUACAUACAAGAAUUCUGCAACACGAGGCUAUACUCAACGAAGGAGUCCUAGACGCUAAUUCUACGUUAUUAGCAAUUUUUCCAAGUCCAAUGAUGUAUGGUGGACCGGUUGAGGUACAAUGGCAUGCGAAAGCUAGAAUGAAUGCAGGUGCUAAUUUUUACAUUGUUGGAAGAGAUCCAGCCGGUAUACCGCAUCCCGAUAAAACUGCAGUUCCAGAUGGAAAUCUUUAUGAUCCCACUCAUGGCGCUCGAGUUCUAUCAAUAGCUCGAGGAUUGCAGAACCUAGAAAUUAUACCGUUUAAGGUUGCAGCAUACGAUAAAAAAUAUAAAAAAAUGUCUUUCUUUGACAAACAGCGGAAAGAAGAUUUUGAGUUCAUAUCGGGAACGAAAAUGCGUGGUUUUGCCAAAUCAGGUGAAAAUCCACCCGAAGGCUUUAUGUCAACCAAAGCAUGGCUUGUCUUGGCACAAUACUAUCAAAACUUGGAAAAGUAAAAAGAUAUUUGUAAAAACAUUAGAGAUUAUUAAACAUUUGAAAUUAACACAUUUAGCAUAGUAAAAUUAAAUUGACAACUGUUGUAGCAUAAUAAAUAAGAUAAGAAAAGAUCUAAAACUAGUGCAAUUUUAAUAUUGCAAUACAUUUGUAUAUUUGUACAUUGUUCUUGUACAGCACAGGGAUUUCAAUAUUUAUCUGUCUAUUAGAUAAAAUCAAAUCUAUUUACAAUUAUUGUACGAUGCGUACGUUAAUUUUAUUUUAUA